AUGCUCUUCUCCUCGGUCCUGCUGGGCCUGACGGCCACCGCCGGCGUCAGCGCCAUGCCGCGCAACCGCGCGUCGUCACCCCCGCGGCAGAUGAUGCGGCGGCAAGAAGGCGCCAACCCGUUCGAGGGCAAGAAGCUGUUUGCGAACCCGGAGUGGGCGGAAAAGGCCGAGCCGGCGCUGGCGCACUACGAGUCCGUCGGCGACGCGGGCAACGCGGCGCGCGUGCGCAAGGUUCAGCAGACGGGCAGCUUCGUCUGGGUGUCCAACAUCGCAUCGCUGCCCAACAUCGACGCGGCCAUCGAGGGGGCCCGGGCCGCCAAGGAGGCCACGGGAGAGGACCAGAUCGUCGGCCUCGUGCACUACAACCUGCCCGACCGGGACUGCAGCGCCGGCGAGUCGGCGGGCGAGCUGGACUCGACCAAGGACGGCCUGCGGCUGUACAAGGAGACGUACGUCGCCCCCUUUGCCGAGAAGCUCGCCGCCGCCACCGACCUCACCUUUGCCGUGGUGCUGGAGCCCGACUCGCUGGCGAACCUCGUCACCAACAUGGGCAUCGAGUUUUGCGCACAGGCGGCUCCAGUCUACGAGGAGGGCAUCGCGCACGCCAUCAGGUCGUUGCAGUUUGACCACGUGCACCUGUACCUGGACGCCGCUCACGGCGGCUGGCUCGGGUGGGAUGACAACCUGGCGCCGACGGCCAAGGAGUUCGCCAAGGUGGUCGGCAUGGCGGGGGGAAACUCGACGGUUCGUGGAGUCGUGACCAACGUGUCAAACUACAACCCCUUCAUCAUGCCCGAGCCGCUCGAGCCCUACACCGAGUGGUCCAACUCGUACGACGAGUCUCACUACGCCCUGUCGCUGGCCCCUCACCUCGAGGCCGAGGGUCUGCCGUCCCGCUUCCUCAUCGACCAGGGCCGCGUCCACCUGCCAGGCGCUCGUAAAGAGUGGGGAGAGUGGUGCAACGUUGAGCCUGCUGGUUUCGGAAUCGCCCCAGGUACGCCCGUCGAGAACCCUCACGUCGACAGCAUCGUCUGGGUCAAGCCUGGUGGUGAAUCUGACGGCGAGUGUGGAAUGGAGGGCGCCACUCGUGCUGGGGCUUGGUUCGAGGAGUACUUUAGGAUGCUUGUUGAGAAUGCGCACCCUAGCCUCGAUGCCUAA